CGAAAGUCGACUUAUCUAUCCCUAACUUGGUUGGUUUUUAUUAUUAUUUUUUGUGAAGUAGUAGAAAAUAGGCCGUUGUUUUCACAAAAUACUUUGCAUUCACUUUUAAAGAGCUGUUCCAUACGACCGAAAAUCAGGGCAGAUUUACGUGUCUUUUUCGAAUCGAAAUUUUAGGGGUAAUAAUGGGUGAUAAGGAAGAGCUUAAAACUACUGAUGACAAACAAAAGACAAUCGGUGAUGGAAAAGAAACAAAUGAGAAAUGUCGUGAAAUAACUACAAAGGAGGCAUACUUUGCCAGCUUGAAUGAAUGGGUUAAACGUGCUAAUAUCUCACAAAACGCCAUGGCCAUGUUCCCCAUGUAUCUGAUGUCCUGUUAUCCCCAGCUGUUUUCGCAACCACCACCUCUACUGCAACAGGGUGCUCAACAAGUAGCGCCCAAUAGCCAAACCGGUAACGGAGCUGCACCCAUCCCACAAAAUGUAAAUGCCGCAGCAGCCAUGGCCGGAUAUAAUGGAUUUCGUAUAAUGAAUGAACAGAGCCAGGCUGAUUUAAUAAAUCAAACCGGUGGAUAUGAAUAUGUUGUGGCCAGUUUGUGGAAGCGCGGCAUUGCGGAACUCAUUGAUAUGAUCAUUAUGCUGUUCCUGAAAAUUGUCACAAUAUUUGUUGUUACCAAUGUUUUUGGAUACAACAUAAUGCUGGACAUGGACAAGGAGGUACUCAACAAGGCAAUGGAAAACGAAGAUUUCGGUACGGCACUUAUAUACUCUCUGGAUUUCCUGGCCUUUUCAUCCGACUUGUUAGCAUUUGAGAUUGCCACAAAACUGUUUGUCUGCCUCUAUGAAGCAGUUUUGACGACAUUUUUCGAUGGCGCCUCUCUGGGCAAACAUGUUAUGGGCUUGAGUGUGAAAUACUGCGAAGCAAUGGUACUACUACCAGCAAAUAUACAGCCUGCGCCCUUGGGACCCCAGGUGCAAUUGGUCUUCCAAAAUCCUCGGGUACAAAUUCGUGCUUUACUGUAUCCAGCAGAAACGCCAAAAUUUAAGCGCGCAUUUAUGCGGGCUAUUGCCAAAAACUUAAUUCUAAGCCUAUUAUUCCCCAUGUUUUUCUUGAUGGCAUUCUUCAAAAAUAAUCGCACAGCCUACGAUGUAAUGACAAAAACCAUUGUGGUGGAGACAAGCAGACAACCACCCGUCUUAAGGAGACCUCAACAAGCACAACAGUAGCAGCGCUGGUGAUGGAGCCAUAUUUGUAUUAUUUCAUAAUUUGUUGUGUUUUUUAUUGGUUUGUUUCAACUUUUAAUUUCAGCUUGCCAUAAAGAGGUUUUUUGUACAUUGCAUCUUAUUAUUAUUUUCAAUUUUAAAUUGAGGUGUGUUUUUAUUGUAAUUUUUUGUAGGCAAUGAGAAAUUAAAUUAUUAUUUAUAAAAACAAA